AUGGGUUCGGAGCGCGAAGAUCAGGUUUACCUGGCCAAGCUUGCUGAGCAGGCUGAACGCUAUGACGAGAUGGUGGAGGCCAUUGAGAACGUUGCGCAGCUCGCUGACGAUGUGGAGCUCUCGGUGGAGGAGCGCAACCUUCUCUCGGUAGCAUUUAAGAAUGUCGUUGGAGCUCGCCGCGCUUCGUGGCGCAUCGUCUCCUCUAUUGAGCAAAAAGAGGAAAGCAGAGGCCACGAGGAUCGUGUUACUAUUAUCAAGGAGUACCGCGCGAAGAUUGAGAAGGAACUAGACGAGAUCUGUGGGCGCAUCCUCACCUUGUUGGACGCACACCUUGUUCCUGCAUCUAAAUCCGCUGAGGCGAAGGUGUUUUACCUGAAAAUGAAGGGUGAUUAUCAUCGUUAUCUCGCGGAGUUCAAGUCAGGAGCAGAUCGCAAAGCUGCCGCUGAAAGCACGCUGGAGGCUUACACUGCAGCUCAGGAUACUGCUAAUGCUGAUCUUGCUACUACUCACCCGAUUCGUCUGGGUUUGGCCCUUAACUUCUCCGUCUUCUACUACGAGAUUCUUAACUCUCCUGAGCGCGCUUGCACGCUCGCGAAGCAGGCUUUCGAUGAAGCAAUUGCGGAGCUCGACACGCUCGGGGAGGACUCGUACAAGGAUAGCACGCUCAUCAUGCAAUUGCUGCGGGACAACCUGACUCUCUGGACCUCGGAUAUGCAGGAUGAGGCAGCAGAGGAGAAGGCUGACGAAUGA